CAGUGGCCCGUGAACCGCGACCGGAGCAGUACACGCUCUCGCUGUCGUUCGAUCGAUCAAUCGCUUACCAAGGCACGCGUUCGACCACCCUCUACUGUCGGCAUUCAUUCUCUCUCUUCCCUUUUCUGUCUGAUUCUCUUCGUAUGCUGACACGUCUGCGAUGAACACUUCCGGCCGUGCCCCGAUACGUGAACACCUCAUUCGAUAAUAAUCAGUGAUCGCGUAGUUUCGUUUCAUUUUAUCUAAGCCAGUGAUUCACAGGUUUGUUAUAAACUGCAUUCAUUAUAAACUGCACUGCAUAGUAUGUUUUCUUUUUGGAAACAACUAGUUUAUACUUCGAUCAAGUUACAAUGUAAUUCAAAUCGCAAUAUGACGAACGACAGGGACGACUAAUUUGUGAAUCAUUGAGCGCUAGACGUGGGCACGAUUGUGAUUAAGUAGUUGAAGACUGUGCACCGGUUCUAAUAGUUUCCCCCAACGGGAAGCCAACGUCAACGGUGGACAAAUUUUUGGAGUAACAGUUGCUUCGCGAAACACGAUAGAACAGAGUAAUCGAACGUCCAGUGGAAUUUGUAAAACGCGGAACGCGGGUAUAUCGGACCGAUAGAAGGGGUAUUACUCGACGGCUCGUUGGACAGGCCGUUAUCGAGCGAAGUGGCGCGGUUUAAUUCGCUCUUAUUCGAUCUCCGCGUGAUUCGGCGUUGCGAUUCGACGCGGGAAAUGACUAUCACGAGAUACCGGUAAGGGUAAUUGUUCGUCGAUUCUCCUCGUUAUACUCCUAGCGAAAAUUUUUUGGCAACCGGAACGUAUAUCAUGAAAUAAAAAGCACAGAAACUCGGGAUUUAUUCGCUUAUAAUAAAACGUAUAAAGCAAGUAUUCUCCUAUCUUGAUUUUCAAGUGUUCUUAUGACUGCACUGAUUAAAAACUUUGUACCACGGGUAAUAUUAGCGUAGCGCUCUUUUAUUUAGUCCGCGCGUAGACCGAUCGAUGAUGCGCGGUUUUUAAUUAAAAAUCGCUGUCCGCCGGCAUAAUUAAACGGGUUUUCGUUAACGCGCGGUUAAUGAAGUUACGAUAACGACGGGUAAAGAGAAUCCGCGAGGGUGCGAAGAGCGCUAGCGCAACCGGAGUGAUAACGAGCGAGGAUCGACGCGGGUAGCGCGCGAUUUCGAGCGGACGCGACGACACUCUCUGGUCGUAUCGAGCACUUUUCCCGAUCAUUUAUUCACCCGUUCGCUAGGUAUACGGGCUGUUACCAGCCAUUCGAUGAAUUAUUCCCGUACCCGGAGUAUAGCCCGCCGUUACCGGGUGAAUGGGAAUGCGUGGUCCAUAAGGGUUGGAUGCGUCGAAAGAGCGGAAGUUGUCGUAGAGGCUGUUUACAAAGUUACGUAUUUUUAUAGAACCAUCCAUUACCGGGGAAUUGCGGAUAGGGUAUCGGCUGUGUUUUGUAUCUAUCGAUGGAGUUCAGGGAUAGGGUGGCUAAAGUGGUUUCGAUCUCUGAAGUGUGCUCACAGUUAUCGUUUACGGUGUCGUAGAAGUUUCGUUUCAUGAAGUCGAGGGUGAUAGGAUUGGCUGUUCGCUUUUCUCCUCGUACCCUCUCAUUGCUCGCAGCCCGCGUUAGAAGUAAACUCUUUCCUCGAAUAAAAUUAUUAAGUACCAUCGAAUCACAGACGGUCGAGUAGGUUCUCCAAGGUGAAAGGUCGAAACCAAUUGCGACGGGUCUCGGAAUUAGCUUCGGACGUAAUUGCGACACGCGUCGCGUCAGGCGUCGCUAAGAUAAUUAGCAGCCCCCUCUCCGCCUGGUAGCCGACGAUACUAAUUAGCAGGUAAACGGCGAGCGAGAAAAAUCAAGGGAUCUUUUCGUGCCGCGCCAGUAAUUAAUCGGUCUCGGCUCAAGUUCCUAGCCAAUUAGCAGAGAACCCGACCGAGCGUGCAUACCGAGUCUGCGAUUCUUUUCAGCCUCUUUUAUCGUUAUUGUUGCCCUUUGGAAUCCAUUUCACAGCCGAAUUGAUCAUCUCUCCGCAGGUGCGUUUACUCUCUUCCGAUUCGUUUAAAGCUAACCGAGGGUCGUAAACGAAGUCUGCGACGAGGACAGGUAGUCCAUCUCGUUGCUCCGCACAUCGUACGUUUCAUUGUCAAUAGCAUCGAAAGGCGAACAACAGAAAAGAUAGAUUAACGCGUCCUCCCACGUGAAAAAUUAAGACAGACAGGCAGAGCUUUAACUCGUGGAUGACAUCAGAGUCUCUAUCGAGAAUUACCUUGGACGCGAUCGGUCGGUUACGCAACUAUGUUCUCCAUUUCCUCGUCUCUCUGCCCUCUGUCCACAGCUUUUAAUCCGUCGAUUUAACCGGGUAUCUAACGAAUGCCAAAGCUGUGCGCAAACUGUACGCCUCGAAAGAGAGGUAACAGGCUGCAUUGUCGAUCGUAUUCGGUCGGGGUAUCAGUUUCCAUUUGGCGGUGGGGGUACCCGGCCCUUUUUCAAUUAAGCUUUGAUCACAAAGUCGAGAUAAAACGUGCAUCGGCCCGCUUCGCGUCGAGAGCCGAAACGAACAUCGGUCGAUCGGCCAGGGUCAGGGGAUCGACGCUGUCGCGAUGGAUGGAAAAAGCAGAGAUCCAUGUUCCUCUCGUCGGAGAACACCGUUAAACGAACGAAGAGAAAUAUCAGUUUUUAGCGGAAUCGCUUUUCGUCGUCGAUCGCUUUUAACGCCGUACUGGCUUUCAUCAAUCUAUCCGUUCGUCUCGUGUAGAGUCGCGUCAACGGAAGCACCCACGAGAAUCGACCCGAUCUCUUUCGAUUGUUUAUGAUUAAUCGACCGAGAACUAUCCAUGGGUGACUGACCUUUUUAACGCGAUUCAUCGUCCUUUACGAUAUACCAUGUUCCUUGUAUGAACGACACUCACUUUCGUAAGAAAAUUUUUUUCUAAAAAAUGUAUCAAAAAUUUUUAGUAAAAAGAAAGGGUUCAAUUUUUGUUAUGAGAAAACGAGUCGAUUUUUGUGAAUUCAUUUAAAAAGGGGCGUCUGCUAACGCAAUUUCCUUGGGGUAUCUGUUUGCAUAGUGUCAAUGAGUUAAAACUGUAGCCUCGAUUAACUCGAUGUUCCUUCCGAAAGAAAAGCAACAAAAACGAAGGUAUGCAAGGUGCGCAAUUAGAGGAAGCAAAGGGGCCGUUCUCCCGUGGUUUAACGGCGAGUAUCGCGAAAUUUCACCCUUUGUGGAGGAAGCUGAAUACAUUACACGCCGCGGCGUCGGACCCGCUUUGAAAAUAAACGAAAACCCAUGGCGCGGCGAGCGAACGGCCGCGUAUUUACGUGUUUGCGGAGCACCCUGUCGAGCUGCCGUUCGGUAAUUAAAUGCCCCUAGGAGCGACUCCGCUUUGCCCCGAACUUUGGACCCCCCGCCUGUUCGCGAAUUAACGAGCGUUCUUCAAACAUCGAGCAAUGGAAACGCGCCAUCGAGAUCGUUCUCAAAGUAUUAUUUCGAUGAUUAAAAGUCACUGAACCUUUCGAGUGAUCCCCAUAUCACGUAUAUGUAAUACAGUGGUUGCAACAAUUUGUAACAUAUUAUUAUAUCUAUCUUUUAAUUAGUUAAAUGCUUACAAAUAAGGUUUGGCAAGCUACACUUUUUAUCACUUAUUAGCAUCCAGGAAUGAUUUCAAAAUUCUGAACAAGCAGACUAUUGGAAAUCAUGGAGAUGAUUCCGAUAUUUUCCGCAGUCACUGUACCUGUCAUUCUAAAAAAUUAAAUUGAUCGUGUCACUCGUUCAGGAGUCUCGCGGGAAAUUAACCGGCUGAGAGGGUCGCAUUAUUAAUUCCCGCUAUAAUUAACGAAAACCUCGUGAUCUCGGAUCGAAGCGUGUCCUCCUCCAUCUUUAUAUAUCGUUCUACUCGAGAGAAUUAAUAAGAGGGCUGGAGACGUACGAGGCGGGUGUUGCGACUCGAGUUGCAGUUUUAUUAAAUCAGCUUUACGGGGAAACUUUUUUUAGUGGUGCUUCGCGAGAGAACGUGACAACGUUCCGUCGUACCGGCAGACCGUAACCGUCCCCGGACGAUAUUCCACGCAGUAAAAACGCCGAAACUAUCUGAAACUCGUAUAACUGUAGAGAAUACCACGCGUGCCGGAUAAUACGAGCAGCUAACUGUCUUUCGAUUCGCGUUUCAUCUCUACGAAAUCGUAUUUCGCUAUUGCCCCAAUAGCUCUUCCGAUUAGGAGAUGAUGACAGAGAAUCGUUGUUAGGCUUGUGGCUGGCUUUCAAAUUAGAAUCCCUGAUUUUCGGGUUAUUACGAGUUUGGCUUGGGUGCAACGAAGCGAGGGGGAGGGAAACGCAUUAGCCGAAAGGAAAUCACGUAGCGUCGUGUCGGAGGAAAAACAGCCGGCAAGAAAUUCCGCGGCGCGUUUUUCUGUGAGCAGGCUCAAUUAGUCAGAAGUAGGCGAGUUCCCUGAGGAGAAGGCAGGGAUGAGGAGCGAGGAAAGCGAAGGCGACACAACCGGCGCGUUUUCUUUUUCGUUCGCGUCACCGUCUCUUCGGAAAGGAGAGAACAGGAAACAUCAAGCUUCUUUCUCCUGGAAAUCGGCCGUUCGUGCUCCAAACGGGGCUUAAAAAUAUCCCGCGACUGAAAAUAGUCGAUUCGAGCCAGCGAACACCCUCGUCGCAUCGCGUCGCGAUGCUCUUGGUGCCUAGCUAGCUUCCUCGCGCACUCAUCCUCGCCACGGUUUUUCUCUUCGCGUCUUCUCGUUCUAUCCGACGAAAAGUCGAAAGCACCGCCAAAAAGACGAGGCCGUUUCUCCUGGUAGACUCGCCCGUUGUAAUUUAUACGCCUGUUAAAAUAGAAGACCGCCCCGAACCGGAGUUAUAUCCCGUUGACCUCACCGCUUUUUGUCGUCCUCCUUAUUUCAACUUGGUUUUCUUCGUUCAUCGUUUGUCCAACCACGGACGAGCAAUUUUUGGGCGCUUGAAGCGGUCGACAAAGCGCUUUAGAGACCCGGACAGGAGUUCUUGAUGAGCUUCUAAGACCGGAAGCGGAACGGGAGCUCCUAGUAGGAAUUACUUUCUGUCCCUUUGAAUAGUAGACGUAAUGCUUCUCUCUUGUCCAGGAGAAUUGAUUCUACCCGACCACCAUUCGAUUCCUUUGUUCUAGGAACUUCUUUUGAAGUUCUUGCCGUUUCGAGUAGCUGUUAUCACUUUCCUUGGAGAACGUAAUCGACGGGGUGGGCUUGGUUAUUGAACAGGAAUCGUAGAGAAUCGAUCGUCAAAUGAAAAUGGACAAGCAAUAAAGACAUUUGAAAAAAGUAUCGUGUUUUCGUUUUGCGUGCGCGCUACGAUUUCUAAUUAGAAUCUACGAACACGAUGGUCAAGCGUGAGUUUCUUCGUAAGGAACGACCGACUCGCGAGUGAAUAGUGCCAGAUCAGGAAGCCGAACGCGACGUGACAUCGUGACAAAUGGUUCAACCCGUACGUACGGAGAACAACAACUCCGCCUUGGACAUGGAGUCGCUCGAGGAAAUGCUCCGCAAGCUCUCGGAGCUCGAGCAGCGGGUAUUGGAAGCGGAGGGCCGAGCCGACGAGGCGGAGGACAAGGUACGGAUGAUGGAGGAGCGGCUAGUGAAGGGUGAAUACUGUUUGAGCACAUCAGGCGUUGGUUCUCCACCUCAUUCGCUGCCGUCGACUUCCGGUACGCAGAAUGACAAGAUCGACGACCCCCACUGUGCUUGUAUCUCGAAGCUAGAGACACAGGUCGAAGAACAGAGGCAGUUGCGGCUUCAAGACGCGAGACAGGUUGAGGCGAAAGCCGCGAGAAUAAAGGAAUGGGUGACCAAUAAGCUAAGAGAACUGGAACAGCAGAACCAGCACCUGAGGGAACAGAAUAACAAGUGCAACCAACAAUUGGAAUUGCUGAGAAAUCACAUAACGAACAUCGGCCUGAAACCACCUGUACCCGCGAGAGCGUCUCUGUCUCUGGAAGUAGAUCCCACGUUGCGCAGACGAUCGGAGAGUUUGGAGGGAACGCCACAGGCGGUACCGGAAAGCGUGCAGAGCACCGUUGCGGAACCGCAAGCUAGUACCAAGCAUCGGAGACACCUGUCCGCGUGCGGAACUAUACAACGAGGGGUCGCGACCACCAACAUGGAUUCGAGUCUGCUAUCGGAGGAACUCGCGGCUGCGGUGGAGAAUCUAGUGAUGUUACCGAACAUACCUGGCAUCUCGGAGACGAGCAGAGACAGCGGGAGCUCGGAGGCUAUUCACGAUUACGCGGAGAUCUACACGCCAAGCAGGGAGGGAAUGAAUUGGACCCAAAGCGCACAGGGUCCUCGACCACCGACUCCGCCUUUGCACCGGUUCCCAAGUUGGGAGGCGAAGAUUUAUCAAGUAGCGGACGGCGGACUUGGCAUCGGUCCACCGACGAACGAGGAAUCUGCGCCCUCCACGAUGACCAACACAACCAGCUCGUCGAAACAUUCUCAGGCGACAGGACACAACUUGACCGCGCACAACUCUCAAGGCUAUUGCGAUAUUUCGGUUCCAGUCUACGCAACGGUCAAGGGACGUGCCAGUCAAAUUCGAUCUAUGCCAUUCGGCGAUAGUUCCGAUGACAGCUCGGACGGUGAAGAACAUCCGAAUCAAACGGAAACUAACACCAGAAUCACCAAUAGCUCGUCGGACAACACGGACUCUUCGCUCGGUAGUGGAAGCAGUCCGUCGAAAAGCGUUAAAACCACCAGCAGCCUUAGUCCUGCGAAGAGGAGCUCCAGCGGAUCCCCGAGUAAGAGCGUAAAACGUGAUACCUCCCUCGAAUCUGGUCUGUCGGAAGACUACGCGAUACCUCCCGACGCUCUUAGCUCGACCUCCCUUGAAUCUAGUAUGCCUAGCCUGCUGAUGCGCGUCUCUGGCGAAAGUCCGAAACGCCAAGAAUCUUUAGAGAAAACUGGUCACCUCGCGAAACUCGGCGGUAAAUUAAAAACCUGGAGGAAGAGAUGGUUCGUGUUGAAGAACGGAGUACUCACGUAUUGGAAGAGUCAAAAUGAUGUGAAUCGAAAACCUCAAGGCCAAAUCGUAUUGGACGAAGUGUGCAGGAUAAACAGGGCAGAAGGUGCUGCCACGUUUGAAAUAGCAACAGGGAAGAAAACAUAUUACUUAACGGCGGACUGUAUCGCGACGAUGGAAGAGUGGAUAAGGGUUCUGCAGAACGUGCAGAGGCGAAACGCCACAAAACUUUUGCUCAGCAAGGAGGACAACAAGCCGACGAUACAGGGAUGGUUGACGAAGGUGAAAAACGGGCAUGCCAAGAAGUGCUGGUGCGUCCUCAUCGGAAAAAUGUUCCUUUACUUUAAGUGCCCUAAUGAUACGAAUCCUAUUGGACAAAUAAAUAUGAGGGACGCCCGAGUAGAAGAGGUCGAACAUGUGUCCGACAGCGAUAGCGAGGAAAGGGACGCCGAGUGUACUCAUGAAAGGACGAUCGGUAUUUUCCCUACUCAUCAGGGUCCCACGUACCUGUUGAUGCCCCACAAGCAAGAAAAGGAUAAUUGGCUGUACCACCUGACUGUGGUUUCCGGAGGUGGUCCUAGCGCGGGAACUCAAUACGAACAGCUGGUGCAAAGAUUGAUGGAAACCGAUGGGGAUCCCAGCUGCGUUCUCUGGAGACACCCGUUGCUGCUUCACACAAAAGAGAAUAUCACUAGCCCACUGACCAGCCUGACAUCCGAAGCCUUACAAACCGAGGCCAUCAAACUCUUCAAGGCUUGUCAGUUAUUCAUGUCGGUGGCAGUGGAGCAAGCAGGCAUAGACUAUCAUGUGGUACUAGCACAAAAUGCGUUGCAACAAUGCCUUGAUCAGCCUGAACUACAAUCUGAAUUCAUAUGCGCACUGGUAAAGCAGACAAGUCGUCACACUCAACACCGUUUGGGCGUACAGGUAAAAAAGGCCGCCAGACUUGUGUCGCUGGGUACUGCGCGCGUUCAGCUCCUCCUCUGCGCCACGCAAUCGCUGUUCACCUGCGAUACGCAAAGUCCCGCGGCAAAUGGCAGCGGUGAAAAUGCGGACGCACAAUCGACGGCCUCCACUUCUCACAGUCCUCCGCUCACGCAGGGCCACUCGACGUCUACGAUUCUGGACUGCAAAACUAAUCCCGCCCAGUACGUUCUUAUCCAGGGAUGGCAGCUGCUCGCGCUAGCUGUUUCUCUAUUCCUACCGAGGAACAAUCGGCUACUCUGGUACCUGAAAUUACACUUGCAAAGAAACGCGGACACUAAAACGGAAUGUGGCAAAUACGCAGCUUAUUGCGAGAGAGCAUUAGAAAGAACAUUGCAGAACGGCGGAAGGGAAGUCAAACCCUCGAGGAUGGAAGUACUGUCUAUUUUAAUGAAAAAUCCUUACCACCAUUCAUUACCGCACGCAAUACCGGUUCACUUUCUGAACGGCACGUAUCAAGUCGUCAGCUUCGACGGUAGCACAACGAUAGAGGAGUUUCUGAACACGUUGAACCAGGAAAUCGGUUGUCGCGAUGUUCACCAAUCUGGCUUCACAUUGUUCAGCGACGAUCCGAUCGAGAAGGACCUUGAACAUUUCAUCGAUCUUCAAGCAAAGCUGUGCGACAUAAUUUCAAAGUGGGAAACUGCGUUAAGAGAAAAGGGUUCGGGGAAGUUUGAAAACACCAGAGUCAUACAAUUAACGUACAAAUCGCGAUGUUACUGGAGACAUGCGACUAAAAUGGAAACCGACAAGGAGAGGCUUCUGCUAUGUUAUCAAGUAAAUCAACAGGUGGUGCAAGGCAAGUUUCCGGUGAAUCGGGAACUCGCAUUCGAGCUUGCAUCCUUAAUGGCACAGAUCGAUAUUGGGGAGUACAAUAACGAUAGAGCCCGAGGUAGCGGUCCAGGAAGCAAUCCACAUCAUUUAGUGCUUCAAGCGUUAGACAAGUUUUAUCCUAUCCGAUAUCGGUCAAACAUCACUACCGAUCAAUUGAGAGAACUGCAAGAAAAACUGCAAGAUAAAUGGAUCGCGUUGAAAGGUCGCAGCGUAUUGGACUGUGUUCGCAUAUACCUAACUUGCACCAGAAAGUGGCCCUUCUUCGGAGCUACACUUUAUCAAGCAAAGUUGAAACAAGCCGAGCCGAUAACCGUAUGGAUAGCAGUUAACGAAGACAGCGUAACACUGCUGGAAUUGCAAACGAUGGCGGUGAUGUGUCGUUACAAUUACGCGAAUAUAGUUACUUUCGGUGGAUGCUUAGACGAUUUUAUGCUGGUCGCUUGUCCCGACGAAGGUGCCGCUGAACAGAAGCUGUUGUUUGCGCUUUCGAAACCUAAGAUUCUGGAGAUAACAUUAUUGAUUGCCGACUAUAUGAAUGCCUUGGGACACACGCUACCCGGUACCCCACAGAUGAACACCUUGACACGCAACGGAUCUCACAGAUCUAUCAAAUCGACCUUAAGACCCACAACUGGUUCGAGCUGUCUUCCAACGCAACCAGAUAUCUUAAAGUCGACGCCAGAUCACCAAAGACCUUGAGACAAGGAAAAAUGGAAAAAAGAUGAGAAGGGAGAAUCACGGCAUUUGGUUCACAAAAGUCUGACCCUGCCAAGGCACUAACUUUAUACUCGAAGGUACUACGGGCUGUAUUAUAAGGAUCUGCGUGAAACGAUACACCAGAAGACGCGCUUAGUUAUCUCUAAUGCGUUUCGUGUAAAUUGCAAAUUAUGCUUGUGACAUUUCUUUUUGUGUACAUACAUAAAUACAUACACACAUAUAUACCUAACAGCCGUGGUCCACGUUAAACGUGGGUGACUGAAAUCAAUCGGAAACGAUCUGCAACACUGCCUAAAAAAAGUAAAUUAGUAUGUCUGAUGUUACAUCGAAUGGUUUGAUUGAAAAGAGAAAAGAAGCUAAGCAUUGUGUGCUGAGACUUUUUUGCUACCGUAUUUAUAUACCAAAUUCGAAACGUUUAGCGUAAGGUAAACUAAACAAAAGUGGUGUAUCGCGUACUAUGUAUAUAAAUAAUCGAAGUUAUUGGAUGUUUUAGAAGUCUAGUUGAAUGACGCAGCGAUAUCUUUGUCUUUGAUGUGAGAGUACGUCGACGAAAUUACUUUACUUCUUGCCAAAUCGACCGCAAUACGCGUACGACGAUGAACGAGAACGCGCAUGUGAUUACGCAAAUGAUGGAUAUGCAGGUUUUUCUUUUAAGGUUUUGUUUAAAAAAUGCUAGAUAUAUACCAGAUACAGUAACUGUACUUACUGUCGUCGUAAGUGCAAAGGUUCGACCUCGAGGAUCAUUCUAUUCGGGUGUAAUAUUCCGUUUCGCCAUGAAAGUAUCAGUUUCUAAUAUCGGGAAGAUAGUCAAUUCAAGACAGUAAGUACAGGCAGUAUUAAAUUUAAGUCUCGUUGAAUUCGAAGCUCAAUUAUAGAAGAGAAGAUCCUUUAUAUUGUGGAAAGUGACAAAACGGAACUUACAUAUAUUGUCGUAUUAUUUUGAUAACAGCUAGUCUCAUAUUUUAUAUUUAUUUUAACGGUAAGCGAAUAAGAGUUCGGUUUUAUAUAAGGACACGACCAAAUAGAUUGUAAUGGGAACGCGUUUUCUUUAAUAAUUAGUAUAUCGUUCCUGCGGUAACGUAACAUGCAACAUUUUUGUACUAAUUAAAAAGCAACAGUGAUCCCUGUAUCACGUAUAGAAGUUUUGUACUCGCUUGACGUGUCCUACGUAACUAGCAAAAUGUCUUCCUUCUCUUUAGUACCCAGAAAUAAAAUAAAAGUUGAAUGUAGGGCUUUCGUGCAAUACGUACAAGACUUCUAUAAUUUUGUAAUUCCUGAGAUAGGCUGAUUAUGACUGUGCCUCUCUGAUCAGAAUAGACAAAGUAAAACUUAUGCACGGCUUCGUUUAGCGCAUUGAAGAUUUAUAUAAAAUGAAGUGAAAGAAACGAUCGAACCUCAGAUUACUGGGAGCAGUACAAAGAUAUGCAAGAACGACAUUUUGUCUUUAAUUUUUAUAAUACGCACUGAAAAAUGCUACUAUUUAGGUGCUUCGCACCUUUAUAUCGUGAUGGGGUAAAAGAAAAAGAGUCACUGAACUUGUAAAUAUCACAUUAGGCUUAAGUUUAUAAAUAUAGUAGAAUCAGAAUAACGGCAGCUGAUGAAGGGCUGAAAUCUUCGUAGAAAUCGUUUUACGAUUUGGCUGUCUACGGAAUAUUCUACUGAGCCUACCAUCUUACAUUUCUAUUUAUUAUUUAUUCGCAUAAAACGACGCAUAAAGGCACGAGCGGUGUAAGCGAAAUGUGCAUUGUACUAUUGUACAGAAGAAAUAAACUGCUCGGAUCUGCA